AUGGAUCCUUUGAAGAGGAGAAGCGCAGAAGCGAGGAGAGCAAACGUGAUCUACUUCCUUAACCGUAACGGCCACAUAGAACACCCUCAUCUCAUCCGCAUACACCAUUUCUGCCACUCCGGCGUUCACCUUCGUGAAUUCGAUCGGCAUGCAGAUGUGAAGAGAUGGCUUUCCGAAUUGAGAGGAAAAGAGAUGCCCGAUUCCUUCACUUGGUCCUACCAGAGGCGAUAUAAAGAGGGAUUCGUGUGGCAGGAUUUAGUGGAUGACGAUCUUAUCACUCCAAUCUCCAACUAUGAAUACGUUCUUUUGGGAUCUCUUCACAUCAGCGCAUCUUCUUUCCCAGCAGAGGCCGCCGUCGCCGUCCCCACCACCACCACCACCGCCACUGAUGCCGAAUCCAAAUCGGAUUUCUUUCCCUUCCCGGAAGUGGACACUUCGCCGGAGAAGGACGAACUUUUCGUCGUCGACAGCGUCUCCACGGCCCUGAAGACUCCGGAUGAGGAACCGCUUCCUAAGGAAAAAGUGGAAGACCUAGGGAAAUCCCCGGCCAUAGUCGCUGGCGGCCGGAGGUAUUCGUGGAGGGCGUCUUACCUCUUACGCAAUUUCCUCACUUGCAGUGCGGUGGAGACGGCCGACUCCGCCGUGCUCCACACCCCACGCAGAAUCAUCGCAGCCGCCGCCGCCGGCGGUCACGGCGCCGACCGGGGGCCCCACGGUCAGGUGACCAAAACCGUGGGUUCCACACGGCCGAUUCUGCGUCGCCAUAGCUCAUACGAGUGUAAUAAUUCAACGUGA